AUAAGUGAAGUGUAUAUAGGACCCUGUUUUCAUCACCUAUAUGUUUCAUCUUCACACUUCAGUCUGCCAGUUCGUUUUCCUGAUAACACCGACAAUACGGUGUUUACCAGGUACGACGUUUUCAGAGCAGCAUCUGAGGGGGAUGCUGCACAACUUAACGGCCUGCUUGAAUACCUGCAAGACAGUAAGGAGCGACUUAGCUCAGAUUUUAUAGAUGAAUCUAAUGGGAAAACAGCUCUCAUAAAAGCUUUGCUGAAACUGAAAGAUGGCAAAAACGACACCAUUGAAGUAUUGAUUGACAUAGCAGAGAAGACCGAAGACCUAUACAGUUUUAUCAAUGCAGCUUACACUGAUGACUGUUAUAAAGGUCAGACGGCCUUACAUGUCGCCAUUGAAAGAAGGGCGUUUGACUACGUAAAGCUGCUGGUGGAGAAAGGGGCUGAUGUCCAAGCAAAGGCCAGUGGGACAUUUUUCCAGCGUAACUUAAAGCUCGGCUUCUAUUUUGGUGAGCUGCCUCUGUCCCUGGCUGCCUGCACCAAUCAGCCAGAAAUAGUUUCAUUUCUCAUGGAGAACCCUUAUAGGAAAGCCGAUCCUACUGACAAAGACACCCAAGGGAACACAGUUUUGCACACUCUGGUGGUGAUAGCAGACAACACACCAGAAAACACAGAAAUUGUUGCAAGUAUGUAUGACAAAAUCCUUGUUCAGCACUACAAGCUCAACAAAGACAGCAACGUACAGCUGGAAUCGAUUGAGAACAAUAACGGUCUGACCCCGCUGAAGUUAGCUGCCAAACUCGGCAAGAUCGGGCUUUUCAGGCACAUAUUGAACAGAGAAUUUACGGACAAGGAGACAUGGCGACUAUCCAGAAAGUUCAUUGAAUGGGUCUAUGGACCCGUUCACUCUUCUCUUUAUGACACAACUUUCAUUGACACCAAUGAAGACAACUCUGUGCUGGAGAUUAUCAUCUAUGGGAAAGAUGUUCCGAAUCGCCCAGAGAUGCUAAAGAUCGAACCUCUACACAGCCUUCUUCAGGAUAAAUGGAAUGGAUUUGGUUCCAGGUUUUUCUUGGUGAGGUUCAUAUUUUAUCUAAUGUAUCUGGCCAUCUUCACCAUUGUGACCUUCUACAGAAAAGAUGGAAAGCCACCCUUUGCAGUGGAGAACACCCCAGAAGAUCACCUCCGCUGUAUGGGUGAAAUUAUCAGUGUCCUUGGAGCUGUGUGGUUUCUCUAUAAAAAUAUAACUACUUUCAAGAAGAACCCCCCAAAUCUAAGUAAUCUAUUUACUGAUGGAUUCAGUGAAAUUCUGUUUUUUCUUCAGGCAAUCCUUCUUCUGGUCUGUGUAAUCUUGUACUUCUGCGGAAGGAGGGAAUACGUCGGGCUCCUUGUUCUGUCUUUAGCUCUUGCCUGGAUGAAUGUUUUGUAUUACACAAGAGGUUCGAAGGAGCUGGGGAUCUACAAUGUCAUGAUGCAAAGGAUGAUCCUGGGUGACCUUCUACGCUUUUUAAGCGUCUACAUGAUCCUGCUUUUUGGAUUUUCCGCUGCUGUUUGUGCCCUAAUGAAAGACUCACCAGAAGAUGAAAGAAAUAAGAACUUGGGACUAGGAAGCAGCAUAGUUGUCAAUGCGACCGAAUGCAGCAAGCCGAGUUAUAAUGACAUCCGCUUCACCAUACUGGAAAUGUUCAAGUUCACGAUCGGAAUGGGAGACCUGCAGUUCGCCGACAAUGUUGAAUACAUGGCAGUUUUCUACAUCCUGCUCAUCAGCUACAUCGUCCUCACUUACAUCCUGAUGCUCAACAUGCUCAUCGCUCUGAUGGGCUUCACAGUGGAAAGACUCUCAGGGCAAAGCGAAACUAUUUGGAACCUACAGAGAGCUUCGACAAUUUUGGACAUGGAGCGCACUUUGCCGCAGUGCCUGAGAAGUAAACUGUACUCCGGAGCAACAGAGACGUUGCCCUUCGAAAACGAGCAGGACAAGGCUCGUAAUUUUGUCAGGUAAGAGCUGCUGG